CGAAGACCGAGCCGAGUCAAGGCCUAAAGUCCAAUUCCACGCACAAGGAAAAAUGAAAUUUCCAAAAAACCUCCUCUGUGCCAUUAUGACCUCUGCGAGCUAGGGUUUCUCAGGCUCCUCCUCUCGCCUGUGCUUUUAGCUCCUUCGAUCGGCAGGGCAACCGUCGGUUCCGCUAUCCGGCAGCUCCCGCUCGUCUUGGCUUUCAUGGAGGCUGAGGGGAUGGAAGAUGCUGGCAAGUCCGAGGCUCACUCCAUAUCAGCCGCGGCCUUCGUGGAAGGUGGAAUCCAGGAUCCGUGUGAGGAUGCUUGCAGCAUCUGCCUCGAAGCUUUCUGCGACAGCGAUCCAUCUACGGUGACCACUUGCAAGCACGAGUUUCAUCUCCAGUGCAUUCUUGAGUGGUGUCAGAGGAGUUCUCAGUGUCCCAUGUGUUGGCAAACCAUCAGCCUGAAAGAUCCCAGCAGCCAGGAAUUAUUGGAGGCAGUAGAACGAGAGAGGAGUUUUAGGUUUAACCCUUCAAGAAAUGCGACGAUCUUUCAUCAUCCCACUCUUGGGGAUUUUGAGUUGCAACGCCUACCUGUUGGUCCUACUGAUCCUGAGCUUGAGGAGCGUAUCAUCCAGCACCUAGCCGCCGCUGCUGCUAUGGGCCGAGCACGUCACAUUGCCAGAAGGGAAGGCCAUAGGAACCGGUCUUCAGCUCACGGUCGUCCACAAUUCUUGGUUUUCUCUACUCAUCCUAACACCCCUCCUACUGGUCCUUUUCCAUCUGCAUCCCCACCUUCUAGGGACGGCGAAGAUGAACAAGCUCCUGAAGUUACAGUUAUCACACCUCCUUCACCUGCUACCACCCUUCAGGAUGAAUCUGAGCAGCCAAUGGUUCCAUUGACCUCUUCCCCAGUGGAGCAGGGUUCGUCUUCACCUGGACUUAUUGCUGUUAACCAGGAAGGAUCAUCAUUGAUCAACAGGAGAUCACCAAAUCAUUCCUCACCGAAUAAUCAGGAUAGGGGAGGACCAUCCGAGCUGCAGUCCUUUUCAGAAUCCCUGAGAUCUCGAUUUAAUGCAGUGUCUUCUAGAUGCAAAGAAUCAAUUUCAAAGAGCACACGAGGAUGGAAAGAGAAACUGUUCUCUCGCAACACUUCCGUGGCGGAUCUUGGUUCUGAAGUUAGAAGAGAAGUUGACGCGGGGAUUGCUACUGUGUCACGCAUGAUGGAGCGUCUUGAAACGAGAGACAGUGGCAGGACCAGUUCUGCUUCUGUCUCUAACAGUUCAGAGAAUGUACCUGUUCCAGAACCAGGGAUCCAGCAGAUCCCUGACGCACUUGGUGAAAAUCCUUCGAUUAUCACCAACCAACAGGCCUCAUCUACUACAAGUUCUUGUUCCAAUUAAUGUUGCUUCAUCAUGUGCUUCGGAGCGUGAAUGAUCCGAAAUUCCUAAUUCUAAGGGAAAGGUUAUUGCACUCAUCAUAGGUGCUGAAUCUAUAGGAGUGGUGCAUGGAUGCGGGAUCUUCUUCGAGAGUUUGUCAAUCGCCCCUCAGCACGGAGAGAAAGAAGAUUUGUUUAUUAAGAUAUAUUUUGGAAUAAAGAAACUGCAAAACAGCGCUAUGUUUUGAUGGUCAAUCUAUUACGCCAUUGUAAAUUCUCCUAGAUUUACUUGCAGCUGCGCAUACUUUUACUGCAUAAUAUCUAUGUUCUGUUGAAGCCCAUGUGUAUACUAGUUCUACGUAGUGCGACACGAAGAGAUUGAACUGGAUCAAACAUUUGUUGGACCGAGGACUACACUUUUUCCUUUUGGUGCCUGAGGCAAUGCAUGUUGGUCAAUCGAGCCCAGCGUUAAUGUCUGUCCAAAUGAAUGUAGCUGGAAUGAUGCUGAUCCCGCUUCUGAUACA